UCCUGAUAUUUCCAAAUCGAUUUAUUUGAUUUUCGUCAUAUUUGUUACAGACAUUUUUAAUAAAUUAAUUAUUUAACUAGGUACUUUGAUAACUUUUGUUAAAGUUAUGACUAUUAUGAAAUUAAUUUUAUAUAAAAGAAAUAAUAUCCUCAAAAUUUUCUCUAAUAUUCGAAUUCAUGCGCGUACUGUGGCUCAAGAACAUUUUUCCUCUGGAACAACGAAAAUGAAUACGCCAAUAAACGCUUAUUAUAACCACUAUAUCAAUUUAGCGUUGCCAAAAGACAAAAUAUUAGCAACGUAUGUUUGGAUUGACGGAAGUGGAAUCAAUUUGCGUUCUAAGGAUCGUAUUUUAGAGAGGGUACCAUGUGAUCUCACAAUGGUACCUAAAUGGUCAUUUGAUGGAAGUUCAACAGGCCAAGCUAAAACGCAUGACUCGGACACUAUGUUAAUUCCUUGUGCAAUUUAUAGAGAUCCAUUUCGUAAAAGUCCACACAUCAUUAUACUUUGUGAAACAUUUCAUGGUGAUGGGAAACCCACAGCAACUAAUCACAGAGCACAUUGCGCAAAUGUACUUAGUAGAAUAUCAGACCAAGAACCAUGGUUUGGAAUUGAACAAGAAUAUACUAUGUUCGAUACGGAUAUGUGGCCACUAGGAUGGCCAAAAUGUCGUGGCUUUCCAGUAACUAAAUCAAAAUUUUCAUAUUGUGGCAACGGCGAAAACAUCGCUGGAAGAGAGAUUGUAGAAUGCCAUGCGAGAGCUUGUAUUUACUCCGGUAUGGACUACGGAGGAUGUAACGCUGAGGUUAUGAAAGGAUCUUGGGAAUAUCAAGUUGGAACCACUUUAGGGAUAAAAGCUGCAGAUGACUUAUGGGUCGGGCGGUAUAUUUUAAACAGGAUAGCUGAACAUUUUAGUACUAUUAUCAGUUACCAUCCAAAACCAAUGGGAAAACAUCAACCAGGAAUAGGCUGUCAUCAUAAUUUUAGUGUUAAAAAAAUGAGAGAUGAUGGAGGACUAGCUGAAAUAGAAAGAGUGAGUAAAAUCCUUUGUGAUAAACACAUGGAGUACAUGAACAGCUAUGGACUUGGAGAUGGAACAGAAAACAAGAAAAGGCUUACAGGAAAGUUUGAGACUGCCUCUUUCGACACAUGCAAGUGGGCAGUGGCAGAUAGAGGAGCAUCGGUGAGAAUUCAGAGAGGAGUUAUGUUAAAAGGAAAAGGUUUUCUUGAAGAUAGAAGACCAGCUGGAGAUUGCGAUCCGUAUCGAGUUUGCGCUCUCUUAGCAGAUACUUGCUUGAAUUGA